CGGAUACUGCUGAUACAUGCGCAUACACAAACUCAACUACGAAAUUUCGACAACAGAGUGUACAAUAUUGUUGAAAGAAACUGAAAAAUAAAACUAUUUAUUUAUAUAAUUUAUAUUGUUAUUUUAUUUAGUUAGCACACUGAAGAAGUCAAAGUAUUUAUUAAUGAUAUGGGAAAACCCAAGAAAGGGGCCAAAGCCCACGACGAAGACUUUGAGGAUAAUGAUGAGGUUAAAACCAAACAGAUGGAAAAGAAACCCCCUCAAGAGCCCAGUUCUAACCCUGCUGUCAAAAAAGACAAGAAGAAGAAAAAGGGAAAAUCCCGUGGAGAUGAUGAAGACUGGGAAAUUGAAAAUGAGCUAAAAGCACUGUCGCUAGAGGCUAAUGGUGGAAACCUAGAAGAAGCUGAAGAUGAACCUGUAGCAGUAAAGAAGAAGGACAAGAAAAAGACAAAGGGGCUAUCAGCGUUUCAGCUUCUGGAAGACCUUGAUGAUGAGUCAGCAGACAAAAGUGAUAAAGACAGUGAUAAUGAAUCAAAAGGAAAAGAAGAAAUUAUACUUGAAACUGUCAACACAGAAUCAAACAAAUCUAAAAAGAAAGAAAAGCCUAAAAAGAAAGAAAAAGCCAAAAAACCUGAAGAGGAAGAUAUUGAUGCCAUCAUGGCUAGCUUAGAUAAGAAGCCAGAAGAGAAAAAGAAAGGAAAGAAAGGCAAGAAGCAGGAAGAGGAAACACCGGUAGAGGAAAAGGCUGCAGAAGAGCCUGCCGUGGUGAGUGAAGUGCCUAAAGUUGAGCCCAAAGUGGUGACCAUUGAUGAUUUGGAGGAUGAUGAUGAGUAUGACCGUAAGAAAAAGAAAAAAGGUAAAAAAGGCAAGGAGGCUGUCACUGAGGCACCAAAAACUGCUGAGGUUGAGGAGGACAAAAAAGAGUUGGAUGAUGAGGCUGAGGAAGACGAUGAAGGUGGAACGGUCAAAACAGCAGCCCAGAAGAGGAAAGAGAAGAGAGACAGGGAGAAACAGAAGAAAAUAUUAGAAAAACAGAAAAAAGGGAAAAAAGAUGAUGUAAAAUCUGAAGAAAUAAAAAAAGAAGAUAGCCCGCCUGUAGAUAAAGCAGAAGACACACAGAGUAAGGAAGGCACGCCUGAAGUUGUUGGACCUGAGGGAGAAGAUGAUGCCAAAGAUGGAAAGAAGAAAAAGAAAAAGAAGGGUGAAAAAGAAAAAGAGGAAAAGGCCAAACCAAAUAAGAAAAUUGCUGCUCUUAAAGAACAUUUAAAGAAAAUUCAAGAAGAAGAACAAAAAGCAAAAGAAGAGGAAGAAAGGCAAAGGCUUUUGGAAGAAGAAAGGAUCCGCAAGCUAGAAGAAGAGAAACGGUUGGAAGAAGAAAGGAAGUUAAAGAAAAAGAUGAAGAAGAAGGAAAGAGAAGAGCGUUUGAAGAAAGAAGGGAAGUUUCUCACUGAGAAACAGAAGCAAGACAAGAGGAGACUGGAGCAGAUGCUUGAAGCCAUGAAAGCAACAGGGGCUGAAAUACUACCAAACAAAGAGGAUAGUGAAGCCCCCAAGAAAAGACCUGUUUAUCAAAAGAAGAAACGUCCACAAGCAUCAGCAGGAGGAGACCAUUUAGAGAAAUCCCCAUCUCCUACAACACCCACCUCACCCACGGAGGUAGACUUGGUGGAGGUGUCUUCUAAGUCAGUUGAUGUGGAGGAACAGGAGGCCGAGCAGGAGGCAGUGGGGGAGACCAAGGCGGAGCCACAGGCUGAGGUUGUGGAGGAUGUUAAGGAGGCGUGGGAUGCUGAGAGUGACAAAGAGGAGGAGGAUAAGCCCCAUUCAGUAGAAGCUAAGCAAGUUACAGUGAAAGUUGCAGAGCCAGUGAAGAAAGAGGUUGAGAAAAAAGAGGAGGAAGAAGAAGAGGAGGAGGAAUCAAGUGAGUCUGAGAGUGAGGAGGAAGAGAGCAGUGAGGAGUCUGAGUCAGAAUCUGAAACAGAUGAGGAAAUGACUCCGGCUGAGAGGGGAAGAGAUAAAGUUUUGAAACGUGCCGAAAAGGCCAAUAAAGAAAGAACUGUGGAGAACCUUCGAGCACCAGUUGUGUGCGUACUGGGCCAUGUAGAUACAGGAAAGACAAAAAUAUUAGACAAGUUGCGCAGAACCAAUGUUCAGGACAAUGAAGCUGGGGGUAUCACACAACAGAUCGGCGCUACAAAUGUUCCCAAGGAUGCUAUUAUUGACAAAACUAAAAUGUGUAAAGAGUUUGCUAAACAAGAGCUGCGUUUGCCUGGUCUUUUGAUCAUUGAUACACCUGGUCAUGAGUCUUUCAGCAAUCUCCGAGUGCGAGGCACAUCCCUGUGUGACAUUGCCAUUCUGGUGAUUGACAUCAUGCACGGCCUAGAACCACAGACCAUAGAGUCAAUCAACCUGCUGAAGGAGAGGAAGACACCCUUCGUGGUGGCUUUAAAUAAGGUCGACAGAUUAUAUCAGUGGAAGCCCCAACCUGCUGCUGAUGUACAGAACACAAUAAAAAAACAGACUCCACAUACUAAAGCAGAAUUUGAUGAGAGAGCUCAAAAAGUUAUUCUACAGCUGGCUGAAGAGGGCCUAAAUGCUGCCUUGUUCUAUGAAAACAAAAACCCUAAAGAAUACAUCUCACUGGUGCCAACAUCAGCCCACUCUGGUGAUGGGAUGGGUAACCUGGUGGCCCUCAUCUCAGAACUGUGCCAGACCAUGUUGGCCAAGCGGCUCAUGUACAGCUCCAAUCUACAGGCCGUUACUAUGGAGGUGAAGGCCAUCACUGGUAUGGGGACCACUAUAGACGUCAUCCUAAUCAAUGGAAGUAUAAAUGAAGGGGACACUAUAGUCCUGGCAGGUACAGAGGGUCCAAUAGUCACACAAAUCAGAGGUCUGCUCAUGCCCCAGCCCAUGAAGGAGCUUAGGGUCAAGAGCCAGUAUGAACACCACAAGACAGUGAAGGCUGCCCAGGGUGUGAAGAUCAUUGCUAAAGACAUGGAGAAGGCUUUAGCUGGAUUACCUCUGUAUGUAGCCCAUGACAAUGAUGAGAAGGAAUACUACAAGGAAGAGGUGGCAGCCAUCUUGAAGGACACGCUAGAAGCCAUCAAGGUCCAGGAGAGGGGAGUCUUUGUUCAAGCCUCCACGCUGGGAUCUCUGGAAGCCCUGCUGGAAUUCCUCAAGACAUCAGAAAUUCCUUAUGCUGGUAUUAGCAUUGGUCCUGUACACAAGAAAGAUAUAAUGAAGGCCUCAGUCAUGCUGGAACAUGAUUCUCAGUACGCAGUUAUCCUGGCGUUUGACGUCAAGGUGGAGAGGGAGGCCCAGGAGAUGGCCGACACACUGGGAGUGAAGAUCUUCACGGCCGACAUCAUCUACCACCUGUUUGACGCCUUCACCAAGUACAGGGACGAGCUCAAGAGGAAGAAGCAGGAGGAGUUUCGGCACAUUGCUGUCUUCCCUUGCAAGCUCCGCAUCCUGCCACAGUUUAUAUUUAACUCUCGCGAUCCUAUUGUGAUGGGCGUCAGCAUUGAGGCUGGCUUUGUGAAGGAAGGGACGCCAAUCUGUGUUCCUAGUAAAGAAUUUGUAGAGUUGGGUAGAGUGACCAGCAUAGAAGCUAACCACAAACCUGUGGACAUAGCCAAACAAGGACAGGACGUCUGCAUCAAGAUCACACCCAUACCAGGGGAGGCACCCAAAAUGUAUGGCCGACACUUUGACGAGACAGAUAUGCUUGUCAGCAAGAUUUCCAGACAAUCCAUAGACGCAGUCAAGGACCACUUCAGAGAGGAAAUGUCCAAACAGGACUGGAGGCUGAUGGUGGAGCUGAAGAAACAGUUUGAGAUUUUAUGAUGGGCUGUUUGUGUUUACAUGAGCUGAACCUGUUUUAAUCCUCGGAGUUUUACCAUGUCUGACAAACCUAGGUGUAGUCAAAUUUGUUUUUGUUUUUUUUAAUGGUUGACUCAUGGCCAUGUUGAUUGCUGUGGCCAAAAUAAGAAUUUUUAACCAUGUGUGAGUUUUUGGCCACCAAAAAAAAAAAAAAUGAAUUUUGAUGAAUGACAGUUAAAUUUUGUUGUGGUGGUCUAAAAAAUAUUUUUUCCACUGGUUGUUGUUGAUUUACAUAGUGUGAUGUCUGAGUGACCAGUGGGCAUUUUGGUGUGUUUUGUUUUGUGGCUGGUCAGUGUAGUGUGAGUGUUGCAUGCUUGUGUGGGGGCGGAGGAUGUCGUUGGUCAAAGGUGCUCUA